CGCGGGGGCCGUUGGCUCCAGACAAAUAAACAUGGAGUCCAUCUUCCACGAGAAACAAGAAGGCUCACUUUGUGCUCAACACUGCUUGAAUAACCUGUUGCAAGGAGAGUAUUUUAGCCCUGUGGAAUUAUCUUCAAUUGCACAUCAGCUAGAUGAAGAAGAGAGGAUGAGGAUGGCGGAAGGAGGAGUGACUAGUGAAGACUAUCGCACAUUUUUACAGCAGCCUUCUGGAAAUAUGGAUGACAGUGGCUUUUUUUCUAUUCAGGUUAUAAGCAAUGCCUUGAAAGUUUGGGGUUUAGAGCUAAUCCUGUUCAAUAGUCCAGAGUAUCAGAGGCUCAGGAUCGAUCCCAUAAAUGAAAGAUCAUUUAUAUGCAAUUAUAAAGAACACUGGUUUACGGUUAGAAAAUUAGGAAAACAGUGGUUCAACUUGAAUUCUCUCUUGACGGGUCCAGAAUUAAUAUCAGAUACAUACCUUGCACUUUUCUUGGCUCAAUUACAACAGGAAGGUUAUUCUAUAUUUGUUGUUAAGGGUGAUCUGCCGGAUUGUGAAGCUGACCAACUCCUGCAGAUGAUCAGGGUCCAACAGAUGCAUCGACCAAAACUUAUUGGAGAAGAGCUGGCACAAUUAAAGGAACAGAGAGUCCAGAAAACGGAUCUGGAACGAGUCUUAGAAGCAAACGAUGGGUCAGGAAUGGUAGACGAAGAUGAGGAGGAUCUGCAGAGGGCCCUGGCGCUGAGUCGCCAAGAAAUCGACAUGGAGGAUGAAGAAGCAGACCUCCGCAGGGCCAUUCAGCUCAGUAUGCAAGGUAGUUCCAGAAAUGCAUCUCAAGAUAUUCCACAGACGUCAGAUACACAUCUUACUUCAGAAGAGCUACGGAAAAGAAGAGAAGCCUACUUUGAAAAGCAGCAGCAGCAGCAGCAGCAAGAGCAGCAGCAAGCUCCACCAGGCCAGUUGUCCCAUCCGUGUGAAAGGCCGACCACAAGCUCAGGAGCACCGGGCAGUGAUCUAGCAGGUGAUGCUAUGAGUGAAGAAGACAUGCUUCGGGCGGCUGUGACCAUGUCUUUAGAAGCUGUUAGAAGUGAUCUCAAAACCGAAGGAAAACAAUAAUACCUUUUACAAACCAUUUAGAUGUUCAUACUUUCCAACAUUAUCCUGUGAGUUAGGGUCCAUUUUGGUAAUGUGUCACAGAGAGCAAUGUUCAGCAGAGGAAAUAAGACUUUUAGGUGGUUUGCAAACAAAAAGAUGAGAAAGUGGAAAAAUGCGUUAGUUGUAGGACUAAAUAAUGAUCCUCCAAAUACUAGCCAAAGAGGCAUUCAGCAAUUAAAGAAAUUUAAAAUAGUUUUCUAAAUGUUCCUUUUUCUUUUUUGAAUGUGCAAUAUCUAACGUGUCUAAAAUUAGGGCAUUUUUCUUGGAUCUUUUUGCAGACCAACUGAUUAGCUCUUGCCACAGAACUUUUUCGAUACAUUUUGUUUUCUUUUCCUCCCUUUGGUCUAGGUAAUUUGGCUCACUUUCAUCAUCUAAUCAUUGCUUUUAUUUUUUUGUUAACCAAAUUGACCUUUUAGGACAGUGUCUCAUCUGUGUUAAUAAUAGUAACGGUUCCAGAAGGACAAGCUGUUCUCCCUCUAACUAUGUAUCGUGUGCUUGGGUGUUUCCUUGUGUUAUUUUCUCUGAUCACAAUUCCUCUGUGACUUGGUUUUCAUUAUUUUUCUACAGCUCUUUUGAAAGAUGGGGACCUUUCUUGAGGAUUUGUUUUUUCAGCCCUCUAAGAUGGGAUCAUUAUUUCAUGAUUCUGGUGCAUUCCCAAACUCUGAAAUCAGCUCUGCACAAGUAUUUGAGAAUAAAUGAGCCUUUUUUAAAUGUGUGCGCAUGUCCUUUCCCAGUCGCUUUACGAAUGUCUUCUCAAUCCUGUCCGAACUUCACAGCUUUGUUGUGACCCUCUUUCCUGCACCUUAUUAUUUCCUUUCUUUUCCAGCUGAGAAAAAUAGAAGCAUAGUAUGCAAGCAAGUUUCCUUCUGCUAUAAGACUUAGCAUAUAAUACCCAUCAUGAAUGUGGUAGACAACAUUUGGCCUUCAAUUAUAGUAGCAGUUUCCUUUUUUUUCUCUCUCUUGUGACUGGAGCUUUCUGUUCUGGUGACAGUUGAGUCGUGGAAUGUAGAGGUCUGCUUCCGCUGUGCAUCUUCUAGUAGGUAUAGCUUGCCAGAGAUGAUCAUCUGGAACAUGAACAUGAUUUACUAAUGAAAUAUAUUUAAAUUUAUACUGUAAUUUGACACUUGCAUCAUGUUUAGAUAGCUUAAGAAUGAUAGAAGUCACAUGGUACUUAAUGGUCUGUAAAUAAAAUCUUUAGUUUUGAUAAACAUUCUCUAAUUGGGAUGCACAUGGAGUUUCUUGCUGGGUCAAUCCAGUGGUAUGAUUUUGGUGAAAAUUACCCAUGUCUCUGAAAUGGUGUUUUAGAUCUGUCGUCUACUCCCCACGCCUCAUUCUCCAUCCCCUUUUGAAGCCCUUUUGAAUGUCGAAUUGUUCAUAGGCUAAAAUUUAAGAAGAAAUUUCAGCCAACAACUUAAAAAAGUAUAGUAUGUUGCCAUGUUGGUGUAUGGCUGCACGUAUUUUAUCAGGGAAAUUUUUUUGACCUAGGAUUUAUUGCUAACUGAAAAGAGAUGAGAAAAUGCCUUUUAUUAAUGAUUAUGAAAUAGCUUUCUCUUAGAUAGAGACAGAUUUUUUAGUCAUUAUUUUGUGCCAAAUGAAGUUUUAUGAAGUUUCCCUUACAUGAAAUUAGACAGGUUUACUUUAAAAUCUAAAGCUUUCUUUUGACACUUGAAAAUGUUUCAGAAGAAUUUUAAAACUUUAGAACUGCAAGGGGUGGUGGAGUUUCGUACUACCCCCUCAGGAUUUACAAACCAAAAUAUUUUAAGACUGAACGUUUCUGUAAUUAUCCCCAGUUUGCUGCUCAUGUUUCCCGUGGAUAUUUGGCCUAUACCUUUUCCCAUUGAAAAAUUACACUAAGCCUUUUGUACACUUGAGUUGACAAACUUCCUGAUAUAACAAUGAGAAAGCAGAUAUGCAUCUGAAAGUUUCAGACUUCGAGUUUACAGAGUUCUUAGACUGCACGCCCCUGUCACAGCACUUAAGGAAAUAGGGCGUGUUGACCUUCGUUUGUUAGGGAUUUUUUUUAAAGCAGAGCUGAGCACACACUGGAUAUGUCUGAAUGUGUUUCUUUAGUUUGUUGUGAAAUCGUUCUAUUUGGCAGGCAGAGCCAGAGUCACUGGUGAACUGCCAUCAUCCGUGGAUCGGCUUAAAUUCGUUUGAACCUUUAGAUUCCAUUUCUUAAUUGAUUAGCUGGUAUGAAAAGAUGCCAAUGCUCAUAAAUCAUAAGCACAGUAUCAGAGAAUUUAAAAGUUAUACAAAGCUAUAGUUCACACAUCAGGAACUGCUGUUUACUAUAAACCACCUGCAAGAAAGUCAGGACCAACAAAGUCACAGUAACUGUCCUGCUAAGAACUUUAUUUAUAUAAAGAUUUCCAUUCUGUUUUAUCAAUUGGGAACACCUUAAUGUUUAAUAUUUAAACUAUUGGUAUCAUUUUUCUAAUGUAUAAUUUGUAUGACCAGGAUAAAUACAUGCAGUGGCGAUGCUAGUGGUAUAAGUAAAGUUUAAACAAGCUUUGGAAAUACUCCUUUCAUAUUUUGAGAUGUCGUGGAUUUAAUAAGUAGUUAUUUAUAUUUUAAAAAGUCAGAGUAGUUAACCUCUGAUCUAAAAGCAUCAACAUACAUUUUUUUUUACAGUAAUUAACAUAGAAGUAUUUCAGUAAUGUAUAUUGUUUGAAGAGGUUGCUGCAGGUAGACUAUAUUUCAGCUCUAAGAUCUUGGCCAAAUAAUUUACAAUCCACAGGAUGUUUAAUGAGGUGCUUUUUUUCUUUAAAAUUUGAUUUUUCUUAAGACUUUAUUCAUGCCAAAGUUAGUGAGGAAUAAAGCUCAGAACUAGUUGAGGAUCAUUAUAUGCAAAACUACCAGUAGACCACAUUGUUUCAUUUAAUAUUAAGUUGAAUAAAGUGAGUUUUAUUCCAGUCAAAGCCUCAAUCACAUUUUUAAUGUCUGCAGGUUUGACACUGUUUCUAUAGUAUCAUACUAGUGCCAAGAUUUACCGAAUGUUUUAAAAUUGGCCCAAUUGACCUGUGCAAAUUAAAAAAAGAGUGAUUCAGUGCAUAAGCAAAACGUAAUGAUUAUAAUUGAAAUAUCUCCAGUUAAAAAAUAAAUCUUGAUGUUUUCAAUCCUUAAGAGGAUUCAAUAGUUAAUAUUGACGACUUCAUAUUAAAAACUUUAUCUGCAAUUGGAAAGGCCCAUGGCCACUAUCAAAGUACAUCGUUUGUUGUAUCUGAGCCCUAACAAGCGUUUAAAUGUAUACAUGAUCUUCCAAAAUGGUCUGGCAUUUUAACAAUUAAUGCUAGUAACAUCACGUCUAAAUUGAGAGUAAUUGGCAUGUUUAAUAAUAAUAGUGUAUCGAUAAAUUUUUAAGACCAUGGCUUUGUAAACAAGGAGGGGGAAGCAUUAGUGAAAUGUAUGUGAAAUUCCUGAUGUGUUGCGGAAGCACUUCAGUCGUCUCUUGCAUAGUUCAAAGGUGAAUGUUUCCAGGAAUUUUUUUUAAUGUUUGUUUUUUUUUUUUUUUUGAAGAGGAAAACGUCUAUUUGAAUGUGAUUAUCUAAUUUCUGCAACACUGGACUAGUAGGAAUAACUUUUUAAAAAUUACUGUUCUGUAUAAAUAAACUUUGAAACUCAAGUACAAAAAACAUCUGAAAUAAAAAGCAUUGUCUUUUGGCCAUGACACAAGUGCACUGUGGCAGUGCCAUUUGCUCAGGACCCAACACUGCAGCCCUUCUGUGUGUGCUCCUCUCUCUCUGAGUUCUUUUGCCGUUAUUAUACACACGGGCCUUCCUGUCUGGUCCUUAGAAAAGCCGGGCUUCCAAAGCACUGUUGAACACUGAGGAUUCUAUUGUUAAUGUGGAUGUUUGAUGAGUUGUAUUUUAAAUAUCAAAGAUUAUUAAAUAAAGAUAAUGUUUGCUUUUUUA